GUUGCACAGAGACGCAAAAAUCUGGAAAUUUUGAGAAAUUAGGGUUUCGAUUUCAAUUUUCUUGAAUGAUCAUCAACCAUGUUCACACCACAGAGGAAACCAUGGAUGUCUCCGGCGAUGACGCCCAGAAACGAGGCGUACAAAUUCGGCGGCGUCUCUAACCAGAAGAACAGUGAACGAAGAGGAAAGACGGUGACUUUCGGCGAAAACCCGGCGGUUCCCGCUCUGCUGCCGCCUCCGGUUAGAACGCUGAACGGUGACGGUGUUUCUGGUGAACCGGUGGGUGACGGAGAUAUCGAUGAUUGGAGAAGGUUUAGGGAGGUGGGGUUGUUGAACGGGGCUUCAAUGGAGAGGAAAGACAGAGAGGCGCUUCUUGAGAAGAUUUCAAGGCUUGAAAAGGAGUUAUUUGACUACCAGUAUAAUAUGGGGCUUCUCCUUUUGGAGAAGAAAGAGUGGAACUCAAAGCAGGAACAACUAAGUCAGGCACUUGAAGAAGCCCAAGAAAUCCUUAAACGAGAACAAUCAUUGCAUUUGUGUGCACAAUCAGAUGCUGAAAAGCGUGAAGAAAGCUUGAGAAAAGCCUUGGGUAUUGAAACGGAGUGUGUGGCAGAGCUUGAAAAGGCUCUACGUGAAAUUCAACAAGAGCAUGCCAAGAUUAAGCUCAUUGCUGACACAAAACUAGCUGAUGCAAAUGCUUUAGCUGCUAGAUUUGAAGGAAAAUCUUCGGAGGUGGAAAGCAAAAUUCUUGCUGCUGAUAGAAAGCUUGAAGAGGCAACUAGGAAGAGCUCCGAGGUAGAAAGGAGACUGAAGGAAGUGGAAACUCACGAAAGCAUCCUACAACAAGGGCGAACAUCAUUUGCUAAAGAGCGAGAAUCAUAUGAAACAAUUUUCCACAAGCAAAGAGAAGACUUUCAUGAAUGGGAGAGAAAACUACAAAAAAGAGAGGAUUCUAUGUCUGGGCUGAAGAGAAACCUGAACCAGAAAGAGGAAAAAGUUAAUGAAAAGGAAAGGGACAUGAAGAAGAAAGAAAAUGAACUCGAAGAAUUACAAAGAAAGAUUGAUCUGUCUAGGUCAAAGGUUAAGGAAAUAGAAGAAGAUGUGAAUAAUCGUUUGGAAGAAUUGACGGCGAAAGAGACAGAAGCUGAUUCUCUCCGGAGCAUAUUAGCGGCAAAGGAGAAAGAACUCUUCAUAUUUGAAGAGAAGCUUAUUGCUAGAGAAGGGACAGAAAUUCAGAAGCUUAUUGAAGAUCAGAAGGCAGAACUAGAUGCUGAGAUGGCGGAAUUUAAGUUGGAAUGUGAAUGUAAAAGAAAAUCUCUCGAUGAGGAGCUCACUAGGAAGGUUGAGGAAUUGAAGCGGCAGGAAGUUGAAAUUAACCACAGAGAAGCGAAGUUGCAGAAAAGGGAGCAAGCAUUGGAUAAAAGGUUUGACAGAGUAAAGGAGAAGGAGGCUGACAUUGAAGUAAGGUUGAAAGCUAUGAAAGAGAAGGAAAAAGUGAUGAAAGCUGAGGAGAAAGAACUAUACAUGGAAAAGCAACAGUUCCUCGCUGAUGAGGAGAUACUGAAGAAUCUUAAACAAGAGAUUGAAAAUAUCAGAACUGAGAUGAUGGAAAAGGAGAAAAUUAUUCAAGAAGGACAUGAAAAGCUUGAGAUAAAGAACGAAGAGAGGCUAGAACACAUGAGAUUGCAGUCUGAACUCAAGCAGCAGCUGGAGAAAUCUAGACAGCAUGAGGAGUACCUUUCAAAGGAACGUGACCAUCUGAAACAAGAAAAGGAGAGAUUCGAGAAAGAGUGGGAAGUGUUGGAUGAGAAGAUGGCAGAUUUUAAUAAAGAGCAAGUGAAACUUGCUGAAGAACAGGCAAAGUUUGAAAGAUUUAGAUUGUUGGAAGAAGAGAGGUUGAAGAAAGAAGAAAGUGCUUUGAAAGAUCGCAUAAAGCAUGAAUUAGAUGAUAUUAGGCUACAAAAAGAAUCAUUUGAAGCUAAUAUGGAACAUGAGAGGUCAGCUUUACAUGAAAAAGCUAAACUUGAGCAUAUGAAGAUGUUUGAAGAUCUUGAAUCAAUGAGAAGGAAUCUAGAAACUGAACUACAGGGGAAAAAAGAACAAAGUGAGAAAGGUCUACAGGAAAAGGUCGCAAAAUUUGAAGAGAAAAGAAUGAGAGAACUGAGUGAAAUUGAUCACCUCAAGCAGGUGAUGGACAGGGAAAUGGAGGAAAUGAGGUCCGAAAGGAGUGAGGUCAAAAAGCAAAGUGAAGAAAUUGCGAAGCACAAGGAAAAGCUAAAAGAGCAACAAGUAGAGAUGCAUAAUGACAUAAGUGAGCUUACUAUACUCAGUAUCAACCUCAAGAAACGUAGGGAACAAUUUAUCCGUGAAAGAGAUCAUUUUCUAGCAUUUGUGGAUAUGUCCAAGGAAUGUGAUGUUUGUGGGCGGCUUGUGAAAGAGUUUGUGCUGUCUGAUCUCCAGCUGCCAAAUAGUGAAGGAGGGACUUCUCUUCCACAAGAUGUAAUCUUCAAUGAUAUUCAAGGCAAUUCUUGUGCAUCUGAUUCCUGCAAUAUCAAGAAACCAGUUAAUAGAAGCGGCUCUGGACAGGAGGACUCUAAAGGGCACAUGUCUUUGCUGCAGAAAUGCACAAGGCUGUUCUCACCUAGUAAAAUAGCUCAGAAUGUAACCGGCAUAGGCAGUCCUAAGCAGCUUUCAUCUGCAAUUAACAUGGAAAAAAAGAUUGAGAAACCACACCCAAAUCCAUCUGAUAGCUCUAUUCCUGAGGCGGAUAAGGGUUCCAUACCAUCUGUUGAGGAGCACAGCUAUGGUGACAGUAGAGUACAAGAAACUCCUGAUGGUUCUUUGCAGCCUGACCUUCAAAGCACUAGGCGAAGACGAGGCAGACCUAGAAAGAACAAGCCUGCUUUGAAUGCUUCACGUUCUGCCAAGGGUAUCACCAAAAUAGCAGAGCAGUUUCGCGUAGAAAGCCCUGAAGAAUCUAAAGACAACAUGAGCAUGCAACCUCGUGAUGAAGGUGUUGAGGGAAUCUCUAUUACUAGUGAGAAAAAGACAAUGGCCAUAGUUGGAAAGAAGAGGCAGCAUGGACUGUCUUCAGGAAUAACUGAAACUGAGAAUGGAGAUCACAGUGAUAGCCACACAGAAGAUAUUACCACUGGUGGACGCCGUAAGAGAAGACAGACGGUUGCUGCAGUUCCACAGACUCCCGGGACAAAUCGUUACAAUCUGAGGAGGAACAAGAUUGCAGCUCCUGUUACGGUUGCAGCACAAACUUCUUCCAGUCUAGCAGCUGAUGGUGAUGAUAAUGAGGAGGUUGUUGCAUCUGCUCCAUUGAAUGAUGAUGUUGUAAGGAGUCACAAAGCUGUGGAAUUGGUUCAAGUUCAAAGAUUAGAAAGUGCAGAAAUUGGGCAUGGGCAGGUUGUAAUGUUGGAAACAAGUGCAGAUGCUGCUAAUAAUGACGAUGUGGGUGCCUCGAUUGAAGUAUAUGGUGGGAGCAGUCAUGUCGAAGAUGAAGAUGAUCUGAGGGAGAAAGCAAUAAUACAUGAGGAUGGAGAUGAGGACGACAAUGGUGAAGACGAAUAUGAAGACGUUGAAGAAGAAGAAGAUGGUGGUGGUGACUCUAGUGAUGAUGAUGAUGAUGAUGAUGAUGAUGAAGGAUCACCAAAACCAGGUGAAACAUCCGUAAGAAAGAAAAUUUGGACCUUUCUCACCACUUAAGUUAUCUCGUCCGAGAAUCUCUCCUCUCAGUGAUCAGGUAAUCUGAUGAUGACAGAAUUAUCAGUCACAUAUUCUUUUUGUUAUAACUUUAGCUGAAUGGAACCAAAUAUGCUCCUUUUUGGCAGUCAAGGUUGUUGACAUUGUUAGGUUCAGGGUCAUGUCCGAGGUUUACAAUAAGGAGAGCUUUAGCAUGUUGUGGCAAGUGUACUUAAAACUUGAGAAGCAUUAGUCGGAUCCCAGAUUGAAUAAUUCGUUUCAGCUACAAAUGUUUUGAUGAUUAUACUCUUAUGAUUGAAUCUAUGUUAUGUUUAA